CACUUCCCAGGCCCCGCAGAUGAUGGCCGGGGUCUCUGGGAGCAUACCCUGGCCCCCGAGGCUGGGGACGGCCUCCCGUUUGACCGGAGGUUUGAGAACUCGUUGAUGAAACCCCUCAGCCCUCCAGGGCUGUGGUACCCCCAGAGCACAGCCACCCUCCUGGAUGAGGGGCCCCAGUGCCGCCCCCGGUUCCCAGAGUGGCUCCAAGCCGCCGGAGGAGGGCACCCUGGGGCCGGGGACUCGGGGCCACCCAGGCCUCCUCGUUGCACGGCUCACCUGCCUCUGGACAAGACCUCGGACGCGGCCACGGCGGGGGUCCUGGAGCCCCGGGCCCCCAUCCGGGAACUGGCCACCUGGGGGCCCCCCAGGCCGGCCUCGGAGGUGGCCACACAGACGUGGACGGUGAACUCAGAGGCGUCGGUGGAGCGACUGGGGCCGCCCUACCUAUGCCGGGUGCUGGAGGGUGUCGGGGAGGAGGAGGAGGACCAGGAGGAGGAGGAGGAGGAGGAGGAAGAGCCGGCCGUCUUCCCUUGCAUAGAGUGUAGCAUCUACUUCCGGCAGAAGAAGCACCUGCUGGAGCACAUGAGGCAGCACCCUGGCCAGGAGCCCCCCAUCCAGCCCGCCCCCCUGGCCUGCGGUGAGUGUGGCUGGGCCUUCGGGGACCCCGGCGCGCUGGAGCGACACAGGCAGCUCCACCAGGCCUCCCGGGCGAAGAUCCUGGAGGAGAUCCAGAAACUUGAGCGGGUGUCUCCCAGGGCCUCGGGCCGGCACGUGGGAUGCCGUGAGCCGCCGGGCCUGGCUGCCCGGGGACCUCUGGGGACUGAGCCCCCCGGCCUGGCCCGGCAGCCCUACCGGGCCUCCCCGGGCCUGGCGGCCUGUGGCUUCCGCGGCUUCCCCGCGCCCAACGAGAGCCUGCUCAGGGACCACAUCCAGAGGGUGCACACCAGCCACCGAUGGGAGGAGGAGGAGGACGAAGAGGAGGAGGAGGGAGGUCCCCCAGAAGAUGCAGAGGGCCCCGUCGGCCGGCCCCACACCGGCCAGGACGCGUUCUCUCACUGCCCCACUGAAGAUCACUUUGGCAAGACUGAGUGGCUCCUGGCCCCAGCCUGGUGGGAAAAUCGCCCCAGCAACGACCACCGGCCGUCCAGGUGGGAGGAUUUCCCACCCCCGAGGCCUCUGGGCGGAUCCGCCUUCCCGGCCGCCCUCUACCCACCUCCGCCCCGCAGAAGCAAAAGCGGGGGUCACCUGUCCGAGCUCCAGGCCUCCCUGGUUGGCCAGCGGUACCAGAGCAACGAAGAAGAGGAAGAGGAGGAAGAGGAGGAGGAGGAGGAGGAGGAGGAGGAGGAGGAGGAGGAGGAGACAGCCGCAGAGAGGAUGGACUUGCCCUCCCAGAGUGCCGGGAUCUUCCCCCCGCCGGCCGCCCUGGAGCUGAAGUGGACCUUCCGGGCAGCCCUGCGGGCGGCGGCCGUGGCCUCCCCUGGGCAGCGGCAGCAGCUCCGGGACGAGGUGCCAAUGGUCCAGCUGUCCAGGCUGGGGCCCGGGGCCCUGACCGAGGCCGCAGAGAUGGAGGCGGAGGAGGAGGCGGAGGAGGAGGAGGAGGAGGUGUUGGGGCUGGAGCUGGGGGGCGCCCACCCCCUGGACCUCCUGCUGCUGGACUCCCCUCUGGGCGGCGCCCUGGGGCUGGAUGCACUCUUGGCCGGGGACCCCGCAGCGGCGGCGGGGCUGAGGCCGGAGACACGCAGGUGUCCUUACUGCCCUGACCGUUUCCACAACGGCAUCGGCCUGGCCAACCACGUGCGAGGCCACCUGAACCGGGUGGGCGUGAGCUACAACGUGCGGCACUUCAUCUCGGCCGAGGACGUGAAGGCCAUUGAGCGAAGGUUCUCCUUCCAGAAAAAGAAAAAGAAAGUGGCCAACUUUGACCCCGGCACCUUCAGCCUCAUGCGCUGUGAUUUCUGCGGGGCUGGCUUUGACACUCGCGCCGGCCUGUCCAGCCACGCCCGGGCUCACCUGAGAGAUUUCGGCAUCACCAACUGGGAGCUGACCGUGUCGCCCAUCAACAUCCUCCGAGAGCUGCUGGCCGCCUCGGCCGCCGAGAGACCCCCCAGCCCCCUGGGCUGCGAGCCCGGAGAACCCCCCGGAGGAGGCGGCAACGGUGGCUUCCUCACCUCCUCCCGCCGGCCACCGCGCUUCCCUCUGGUGCCCUUCCCGCCUACCUGGGCCGAGGACCCCGGGCCCGCCUAUGGAGAUGCCCAGAGCCUGACCACCUGCGAGGUGUGCGGCGCCUGCUUCGAGACCCGCAAGGGGCUGUCGAGCCACGCACGCUCGCACCUGAGGCAGCUGGGGGUGGCCGAGUCGGAGAGCAGCGGGGCGCCCAUCGACCUGCUCUACGAGCUGGUGAAGCACAAGGGGCCGCCCGCCCCCGCCGCCGCCAAGAAGCCCGCGCCCCCCAAGGACGCGCCCGCCGCCCCCCCGGGCCGCGCUGGGCCCCCAGAGCCCGCGCCAGCGCCGCCCGUGCCCGCCGUCAACAAGGCCGUCAAGUCUCCGCCCGGCUUCGCGGCCGCCUCCCCGCUGCUCCGCAAGCCGCCGCCCGCCCUGGGGGGCUCGCCACCCCGCAAGAAUCCCGACGAGCAGAGCCCGCAGCUGCCGCUCAGCCCCCGGCCGGCCUCCCCCAAGGCGCAGUGGCCCGACGCCGAGGGCCCGCUGAACCUCACUGUAGAUAGUGCCGGGGCCCGAGAGCUGCACUGCCAGCUGUGCGGGGCCUGGUUCGAGACCCGCAGGGGCCUGUCGAGCCACGCCCGCGCCCACCUGCGCCACCUGGGCCUCAGCGACCCGGAUGCCAAGGGAUCCCCCAUAGACGCGCUGCGCGGGCUGCUGCGCAGGGCCGGCCUCCCCCAGCCCGCGCCCCCGCCGCCCCCGGCCCCCGCUCCCGCGCCCCCUCCGCCUCCGGGCCCCUCAGCGGCCGGCCCCCUGCCGCCCCCCGCCCCUCCGGCCAAGAAGGCCAAGCUGAAGGCGGCGGGGGCGCCGGGCCCCUGGGGGAAGCAGGACCUCGCGGCCGCCGCCGGCAUUUUCUGGGCCCCCGCUGCGGAGGAGCCGGCUGCGCCCCACUUCUCCGCCGGCCCGGAGCCCGCCCGCGACAUCCGCUGCGAGUUCUGCGGCGAGUUCUUCGAGAACCGCAAGGGGCUGUCGAGCCACGCGCGCUCGCACCUGCGGCAGAUGGGGGUGACCGAGUGGUACGUCAACGGCUCCCCCAUCGACACGCUGCGCGAGAUCCUCAAGAGACGGACCCAGGCCCGGCCCGGCGGACCCCCCAACCCGCCCGGGCCCGGCCCCAAAGCCCUGGCCAAGAUGGCGGGGCCCGGCGGCCCGCUGGAUGCCCGCAGCCCCGCCGACCUGCACCUCUCGCCCCUGGCCAAGAAGCUGCCGCCACCGCCGCCGCCUCCACCGGGCAGCCCCCUGGGCCACUCCCCGACCGCCUCGCCGCCUCCCACGGCCCGGAAGAUGUUCACGGGCCUGGCGGCGCACCCGCUGCCCAAGAAGCUGAAGCCCGAGCAGAUGCGGGUGGAGAUCAAGAGGGAGCUGCUGCCGGGGGCCCUGCACGGGGACCCCAUCGAUGACCCCUGGGUGGCCGCCCGGGAAGAGCUGACGCCCCUGAACCUGUCCUCCCGGGCCGAGCCAGUGCGCGACAUCCGCUGCGAGUUCUGCGGCGAGUUCUUCGAGAACCGCAAGGGGCUGUCGAGCCACGCGCGCUCGCACCUGCGCCAGAUGGGGGUGACCGAGUGGUCGGUCAACGGCUCCCCCAUCGACACGCUGCGCGAGAUCCUCAAGAAGAAGACCAAGUGCGUCGUCAAGAAGGAGCCGCCCGCCGGGGACCCGGCCCCGGCCCCGGACGCCGACGGGCCCCCCGCCCUGGGACCCCUGCAGGCACCGCUGCCCCUGGUGCCCGCGGCCGGGCGGCCCGGCAGACCGGGAGGGGGCCCGGCGCAGGGGCCCCGCGAGCUGCUGCUGGCGCCGCUGUCCGGGGCCAAGCCGGCGACCGCCGCCGGCUACCUGGGCGCCGCCGUGGCCCCCAAGCGGCCCCUGGGGGACGAGCGGCUGCUGCCCGCGGAGGUGAAGGCCAAGGCCUACGUCCAGAGCGAGCUGCCCUUCAAGGCCCUGCACGACAAGGCCGCCCACGCCUCCGCCACCGGCACCGAGGCCUGCUGCGAGCUGUGCGGCCUGUACUUCGAGAACCGCAAGGCGCUGGCCAGCCACGCCCGGGCGCACCUGCGGCAGUUUGGGGUGACCGAGUGGUGCGUGAAUGGCUCCCCCAUCGAGACGCUGAGCGAGUGGAUCCGCCACCGGCCCCAGAAGGCGGGCGCCUACCGCAGCUACAUCCAGGGCGGCCGGCCCUUCGCCAAGAAGUUCCGGAGCGCCGGCCACGGCCGUGACACCGCCGACAAGCGGCCGCCCCUGGGGCUGGCUCCCGGGGGCCUGGCCAUGACAGGCCGUGGCGCGGGAGGCGGCGGGGGAGGCGGCGGUGCAGACCUGGGGCUGGAGAUUGGCCGCGCCCUGGACGGCGGCGGCGGGGAACGGUCGCUGCCCACCGGUCCGCCGGGCACCACCGUGAAGGCCGAGGAGCACCAGAGGCACAACAUCAACAAGUUCGAGCGCCGCCAAGCCCGGCCGUCGGACACCUCCGCAGCCCGGGGAGGCCAGGACGCCCACGGCCUGCAGCAUAAGCUGGGGGAGGUCCGGCAGCCCCCCGUCCGCGUCCGGCCUGUCCCCUCCCUGGUGCCCCGGCCGCCCCAGACGUCCCUCGUCAAGUUUGUGGGCAACAUCUACACCCUCAAAUGCAGGUUCUGCGAGGUGGAGUUCCAGGGGCCCCUGUCCGUCCAGGAGGAGUGGCUCCGGCACCUGCAGCGGCACAUCUUGGAGAUGAACUUCCCCAAGGCGGACCCCCCGCCCGAGGAGCCCCCCGUCCCGCAGGCGCUGAUGGCGGUGGCUGGCGACACACCCUGACACAGACAUUCCAGCCCUCCCGGCCUGCCUCCUCCCCAUCUGCAUCCUCGUCCUCCUCCUCCUCCUCCUCCUCUUCUACCUUCUCUCCCUCCUCCUCUCCUCCUCUCUUCCUGUCUUCCUCUCUCUUCCUCUUCUGCCUUCUCCUUUCUCCUCCUCGUUCUCCUCUCUUUGCCUUUGCCUUUUUUUUUCUUUCUUUCUUAAUCUGGCUGAUGGCGGUGCAGGGGAUUGAACCUGGGGCUUUGGCGCCUCAGGCAUGAGAGUCUCUUUGCAGAGCCGCGAUGCUGUCUCCCUGCCAGCCUCUCCCUUGCCCCUCAGAGGCCAGGAAGUGGGGACUCUGAAGGUCUGAAAAGGAGGUGCCCCCUCCCCCAUCGGGCCACCCAGGUCCCAUGGAGCCAUGAGACCCCUCAAGGCCCCUCCUCUCCUCCCCUCCUCUCCUCCCCUCCUCUCCUCUCCUCUCCUUCUCUUUCUUCUCCCUCCUUCUCUUCCUCCUCCUCCUCCUCCUCCUCCCCCUCCCUCUCCCUCUCUCACAUUUCCGUUUCCAAAGGAGCAAGCCAGAACCUCAAACCGGCCCCCCUCGAGGGCCGGGCACACUACAGCCAGGGCCCCCGGCCCCCGGCCCCCCGUCAAGGACUCGGGUCCCAGGGAGGUCUCCUGCAGCCCAGGCCCACCCGGUCCCCGGGGAGGAAGGCCGGCGUCAGCCCCCCAGCCGCCGCGGCCAGCAGCCAGGCAGACAGCGGGGCGGGCCGGGAGGGUGCCCUCCGUGGCCGUUUUCGAAGACCCCAAAGACUCCCGUCCGUGUCCCCACCCCCGCCGCCAUGCCCCCCCCCCCCCCCCCCACGCAGCAGACACGCCGACACGCACGCACCUCGUGAGGCUGGGGGCCUGCCCUCGCCCCCCAGCCCCCAGCCCAACGAGCACUUCUCGCCACGGUGCUUGCUCAGGGGAGGGGCGUGCGCCCCCACCCUGGGAGCCCCCACUGAGCUCUCCAUGCCACGGACACCCUCGCUGGCUGUCCCCCCCCUGCCCCCAGAGGGACCUUCCCAGCCUGGGAGGGAGAGCUCGGAGCUGACAGCUGCCUCCUGCCACGCCCAGCCCCUGCUCCCCCAGAGCCUGUGGGGGGCCCUGCCCCCCUCUUUUUACUCUUGCUUUCUAUGUACCCCUCCUGCCCCCCUUUUUAAAAAACGCGUUUUGUGUAGAGACUCAGCCACAUGGAAUUUUUUUUUAAUGUCACCACCGCCCUGGGCCAGGUUAGAAAAAACGGGGGAGCCCCCACCAACUCGCCCCUUUUUAACUUUUUUCAGCGGCCCCCACACUUUUUUUUUUUUGGUUAUCGAUAUACCUAGAAGUCUGUAAAUUAGAUUAAAAAAUUCUCUUCUGGAAAAACACCCCCAGGGCGGGCC